AUGUCAUCUCCCGUGGUCGUGGAUGUUGGCGGCACAAGAUUCCACACAACAAUCGAAACUCUGAGAAAUUGCCCUGGCAGAGGUGACAGAAGCAUCUUUAGGGACAUGAACAUUUCUUGCGAUAAAGAAACAUUCGUCGAUCGUGACCCAACGGUGUUUGGUUACAUCCUGAAUUAUUUGCGUGAUGGAUCAGUUACUUUUCCAAGGGAUGAGUACAUUAUCACUCUGACUAAGUACGAGGCUUGGUACUAUGGCCUUCACCAUCUUGCUGAUGAGCUUCCAGCAGGUGACUUUCACACUGUUGAAACCUCAUGGGAUUCUGAAGAUGAGCUUUUUCGCUCUUCGUCCUCUGGUUUAAAGCACUCCCACGAUCAUGAUUCGAUGUCAUCACCAGUAUUUCCUGUAUUUUCUCAUGUAACUGAUGCGAUUUUCUCAUACUCAUCGGAACGUAACGAUUUCAACGAAGUCACAACUUCUGCUUGUCCGGAAGAUUGUGAUGAUUCUGACGGGAUUUCGUCAUCUGCAGAAUCGAACUAUCUUUGCGAUUGUGAUUGUUUCUCACCAGUUCCUCCGAUAUAUCAUCGUGGCAUAAACGAUGAAACUACCGGCGAAGCUAUGCGUGGUCUUACAAUUCCAGCAGUAAACAGUGCUGUGCUUCAGAAUUCGUCCUUCUACGUGCAGAUAAAUAUCUACGAUACAAACUUGAAGGGCCUCAGAGAAAGAGGAGUGGAUGUGGAAGAAUUCUUGCAUCACAAUGGCUGUCGUUCUAUCAUUAUGGACGUUCCUAUUAUCUCUUCCGAAAAGCACUCAUCUCCUUCACUUACCUGCCAUAGUGCUUCAGAAAAUCCGGUGAUCAUAGAUGAGGAUCGAAACUGCGAAGUCGAAUCCAACAAGUUAUAUGAAAACCGUCAAGGUCCGUUAACGUCCACUCCCAUGUUGUUGAAAUGCUCCAAUAACUUCGAGAAAUUUCUUAGUACCAACUGCGUUUCGGACAAGCCGCCUGUCGUUGCCAAAGUCAGUGACGUGCAAAUGAGCGACAGCUAUGUGCGUCCGCAGCAGAAGAAAUCGGCUGUUACCUCAGUCCUAGAGUCUUCCUUUGCAGUAGUUGGCAGAUCAGUCGUAGAUGGCUUAAAAGCUAUUAACCAAGACGCAGUUGAAUCUGGAAAAAUGGCAUCUUUCCAUGCCGAGUUUGAAGAAGACGAUCUUAGUGGAAAUUCUUACGAAGAACCUGUGGACUGUGUCGAUGAUCAAGUUUCUGAAGCAGAGCAAGCGGAAGUCGUUCCUCAUCUUGUCAAGACGGAACCGAACAUUUUAGUAAAGGUUUCAACAGAAGCGAUAAUCAAGGAGGAAGAAGAGAAACAAAAAAAAAUUCCUCAUACGGUGCUCAAAGGCACGGAGGGCGCAACUAAAUCCAGUGACCUUUGCUCCAAGCGCAAGCGAGUGCACCCGAAUCCUCCUGGAUCAACCGAUGAAGAAAAGCGUGGUGGCAAAGUAGUUCAGAAUGAAGAAAUCGCGGACAACGUGAGUGAUGCAUAUGAGCAAGGAGUCCUUAAACGUUAUGCCUAUAAAAAGAAAACUUACGUUUGCCAGUUUCCGGGUUGCGAAAAGGUUUUGGUGUGGCGACCAGGCUACGGUAAAAGUCGCUUAGUUGACCAUGUUCGUCGGCAUUGGGGAGUUGCGGCGAAGCGAUGCAAACUAUGCGACUUCAGUGCUCCUACUCCCGAUAAGAUACACUAUCAUCAUCAACAUUUUCACCACAAUGAGCCGUACCUUGGAGCUUUAUCGACUGAAACGAAGGACGACCUGAAGACGCUCUUGGAGAUCUGGAAAACUUGCUUUCCAGGUUUGUCUCCAGUCUUGACAAAGUGGGCCCAUGUCUUCAGGAAAGGAUAGAUCAGCUUGAUAAAAUCAAUUCCUUAGCUUGCUGCACACCCCUUUUAAUCGUCACACGGUUCAGCGCAUGUCCAGACCUCCUUUUGUCUUUUUUGGGUGCAAUCCGGUGCUUUGUAAAGAUUCAAUUAUUCUGUGGUCAUCUCUAUGCUUAAAAAAUUGGAGAGAACUCUCUGUAUGGCAUUUUUCCUGCAUUUAAUAAUUCUUGAUACCCGAAUUCCAAUGCUAGCUGACAGUUCCGGCAAAAAAGUAUAUUACUCUAAAUUUUUGGCUGCUUAUAUGUUUGAGGUUACUAUCACAUCACAAUCUCAAAUUUUCGCCAAAACUCUCAUCAUGCAUCACAUUUUAGAGUAUCCUGUUAUACACUUCGACUUGUGCUAGCUCCCAGUGUCUAGAUCUAAAGUCAUUCCUGUGAAUAAAUCUUGGCUGGCUAUGUCCACAUUUGUUGUAUUUUCUUUAAAAAAUCUUCGUUUUACCUGUUCUUUUCCUUUUUUUUGUAUAAUGUUGUUGUCGUUCUGAUGUAAGUAUUUCGGUUUCUAUUUGCCAAGCUGCUGAUCGCGAAUACCGAAGAGUUAGAUUGUCGAUUCUCUGUAUUAUGAAAGUAGUUUGCCGCCUGCUACAAAUUUUCUUGUCUUUUUGAUUUGGAAAUAAGCUUGUUAUCUUGUUAAUAAUUUCUGUUCAUAAUUGCGCUGUACCUAGUUGCAAGCUGUGGAUUUACUAUGUUUAUGAAUUUUCUUUAGUUGCCUCCUGUAUCAAAUUCUUUGCUUCAUAAUGCGUUUAGAAUAUGGUCUCAGAAUUUUAUAAUAAGU